GCGGCGCUGUCGUCGGGUUGGCUUCGUACUCUAUAAGCUUGGCCUUCCGCUAGCGACUCGCAGUUCAUCCUGGCAGCCUUCGCCAUGAAAAAAGUCGUUUUCCUUCAAUUUUACUUCCGCCACGUCUCGAUUUGAGUGAUAAGGAUCGUAUUUUCAAUCAAAACAAUGGAAAUCGACAGGGGCACGGACGUGCAUUUUGUCUUCCCUUGCCGGAAGGAAAAUUUGAAUUCGCAUAAUAGUAUGGAAAUUAAUGCUCGAUAUUCGCAACUUCAAAGAACAGAUUUAGGAUCCGCUUAUGACGGAGCUACCAUUAUCGACGGAGAUAUGACGAAUAGCAUAAAUCCGGCGCUACAGGAACAGCAUUUGAAAUUCCAACAGCAGCUGCUACAAUUGAAACAACAACAACAAUUGCAGCAGCAACUCCUCCUACAGCACUUCCAUCAACAACAACAACAACUAGCCGAGCAUCACGAGAAACAAAUGCAGGAGAGAAUAAAAGAAUACCUAGAACAUCAAAAGAGAUUGGAAGAAGAGCAGAAAAUUGAAAAAGAACGUAGAGAUAAGGAGAGAAUCGAACAGUUGAAGAAAAAGGAGAAACACGAGCAGAGUGCAAUUGCGUCUUCCGAAGUUAAACAGAAAUUACAAGAGUUUGUUCUGAAUAAAAAGCAUAGGGAAGCUGCUGCUAAUUCAGCCAAUUCUCCAACCACUUUAAGAAAUUGGCAUCCCUUGUUGGGUAAAUACGAAGAUGAUUUUCCUCCAUUAAGAAAAACUGCUUCCGAACCGAAUCUUAAAGUGAGAUCUGUGCUGAAACAGAAGGUAUACGACAGAAGAAGCAGUCCCUUACUGCGCCGAAAGGAUCACAAAGUAUCGCUUCCGCUGAAGAGGAGACCAAUAACAAUUGACGGCUCGAGUUGUACCAAUGAAAAUAGUCCAGAUUCUCCCCCUAAUGGGGCAAAUAUACAUUCUAUACACACUAACAGUGGCACUACGUCUAUUCAAGAGAAGCCUGGCACAUCUCCAUUUCAUUCUUUAACGGGACAGGGAAGUGUCAGCGAUCUCACUUUGUAUUCUUCCCCAUCAAUGCCAAAUAUUUCUCUGGGAAGACCCCCAGUUCAUAAUUCAGCUGAAAGUAAAUCUUUAGUCGCAACAUCAGAGGCACAGGUACGAGCAAUGGCGGCAUCUCGCUUAGGAAUACCCCUCACAUCACAUAUGCUUCAAUCAUCGUUGCCAUUUUAUCCAGCCUUACCAGUCAUAGAUGGUGAAUUCACUCCAACUAGUCCAGUGUAUAUUGAACAUAGAAUGAAAGUAUUAGAACAAGCACGCACAUCAAACAUUGCAUUAGUACCAAAUAUAUAUCCACCAGGAACUGUCAUAACUGACGCUCAAGUUGCCCAAGCUCGACUUCACAGAAAUAUUCACAGGCCACUUGGUAGGACUCAGUCAGCCCCUCUUCCUCUAGGCCAUCCUAUGCUCCAACCACAAAAUCUUAUUUUAUCUCCUCAACAAAGUGAACAGUUAUUAAGAGAAAAACAGCUUUUUGAACAACAGCAACAACACAAUUUGCUCAAACAGCACAUACGUCAAACAGUUUUAACAAGAGCAGGUAGUAAAAGUCAAGUUGAAAAUGUUGAAGAAGAAAAUGAAGCAGUUAUGGCACAAGAAAUGAAAGACUCGUGUAAUGAACAGCAAGUUUCUCCACCAGAAGUGAUUGAUUUGACUGAUGGUAAAAGGAAAGAUGAUAAUGGUGAUGUAGAUAUUAUUAAACAACAUGAAACAUUUUUUCAACAACAAAACUUGAUGGAGCAACAUACACCACAAAUCAAUGAAGGAACUGCAUUUACAUCUCGGAUACAUACAGCUCGACCACUGUCUCGUGCUCUUUCCAGUCCUCUUGUUGCUUUAAGUCCAGUAGGAAGUCCUCCUGAUAAUUCUGUUACAACAAGACAUACAUUUACAACUGGUGUUGUUUAUGAUAGUUUAAUGCUGAAACAUCAGUGUAUUUGUGGGAAUAAUUCACAUCAUCCUGAACAUGGUGGAAGAUUACAAAGUAUAUGGGCAAGGUUACAAGAAACAGGUUUAAUUUCACGAUGUGAAAGAAUAAGGUCCAGAAAAGCAACCUUAGAAGAAAUUCAAUCUUGCCAUAGUGAAACAUAUUCAUUAUUAUUUGGAACAAAUCCUCUGAAUAAACAUAAACUGGAUGAAUCCAAAUUAGCUGAUUUGCCAAUAAAAAAUUUUGUGAUGUUACCAUGUGGAGGUAUAGGAGUUGAUUCUGAUACAACAUGGAAUGAACUUCAUACAGCCAGUGCAGCAAGAAUGGCUGCUGGAUGUGUUACAGAACUUGCUUUUAAAGUUUCAACAGGGGAAUUAAAGAAUGGUUUUGCUAUUGUUCGACCUCCAGGUCAUCAUGCAGAAUAUCAGCAAGCAAUGGGUUUCUGUUUCUUCAAUUCAGUAGCCAUUGCAGCAAAACAACUGCGACAAAAGUUAAAACUUGAAAAAAUUUUAAUUGUGGAUUGGGACGUUCAUCACGGAAAUGGUAUUCAACAAAUAUUUUAUGACGAUCCUCAUGUAUUAUAUAUUUCACUUCAUCGUCAUGAUGAUGGUAAUUUCUUUCCUGGAACUGGUGAUUUACAGGAGGUUGGUACAGAGGAUGGAAUUGGCUUUAAUGUUAAUAUUGCAUGGUCAGAUAGUCUGAAUUCACCAAUUGGAGAUGCUGAAUAUAUGGCAGCAUUCAGAACAAUUGUCAUGCCAAUAGCCAAAGAUUUUGAUCCUGAUAUUGUACUUGUGGCAUCGGGGUUUGAUGCUGCUUAUGGACAUCCUGCACCUCUUGGUGGUUAUAAUAUCACAGCUGCUUGUUUUGGAAAUAUGACUAAGCAGUUAAUGCAGCUAGCAAAUGGAAAAGUUGUGUUAGCACUUGAGGGAGGGUAAGUUUAAAAUUACUUUUUUAAUGA